AUGCUCUUCCGAUCAAUACGACUAUUUGCCACUUCCCCUUCUUCUCCCUUUGCCAAUCAGAACUACUACCAACUACUAGAACUUCCCACAAAUGCCACUAUCAAAGAAAUCAAACUACAGUUUAAGAAAUUAUCCAAAAAAUACCAUCCUGAUUUAAAUCAACAUUUAGAUGACGAAGCUAAACAAAGUAACAAUGCUAAAUACGUGGCCAUGGUGAAUGCGUAUGAUACUUUAAAAGAUGUCAAAAAGAAACGCGCAUACGACCAAUCUUCAUCACCAUCAUCAUUUGGAGGCGCAGGAACCUUCUCUGCAUCAAACCGGCGAUCAAAUGAAUACAAUAAGUAUUAUGGUGAAGCUAAAUACUAUUCUCGUAGUGGCAAAUCAACAUACUCGGCAUCUGGUUUAAAUUCCAAACGCCACAAGGUCAAAUACCACCAUUCAGGAUCAACAGAUGCCAAUCAACUGCAAUUUUCCGGUGUGCAUGUCAAUCAUGGGGAUCGAUACGAUGUACCUCAUUUUGAUUAUGAUAAACAUUUACACCGAAAUUUACAAUUUGAACAACGCAUAAUUGAUAAAUAUAUGGAUCCGGUUACUAAGGAAAAAAUAUUGAGUCAGUUGCAAACAAGCUCAAGUGAGCACAUUUCUGAAGAGUUGAAAACGAAACAUUUGUUGCGUCAUGUCAAGAUGAUUAAACCUGGAUAUAAUGAACAAACUGGGGAAAUCAAUGGUGCAGCAACAGCAACUUCUGCUGGUUCCGGUGGUGGUGGUGGUGCUACUGCUGCUAGCUAUGGAUCCAACUACAAUGCCCCAAAGUAUACUCACAAUGUCAAAUAUGGUCAAAGUACAAACUAUCAAGGUGCGGCAACUUAUCAAAACUUGUAUCAGAAACCGAAAACUUCAAAUUAUGGAUACGAUAGUAGUGGUAACAACAACAAUGAUGAUCAGAUGGGAGCUGCUAAAUUAUUCACUGCUUUAGGUGCUGGUACUUCACUAUAUAUUUUGUACAAAAUCAUCUUUUAG